UUGCAGCCUUUUUGAUUCGCAAACAAUCGUAACAUAAAAAAACGCGUCCUUUGAAUUUUAAGUUGUAGCAGCGAACGACCGAAGAGCGAAACGAUGAGCUUUGUGAAGCAGGGCGCACUAACGCCGCGCAAGUCGACGGAAGGUCCGACGACGAGUUCUCCUACCGCUGCUGCUGCUGCUGCUGCUGCUGCGACUUCGACUCCGACGACUACUCCUGCUCCGAGUACUGCUACUACUAGUACUACGAAUGCUGCUGCUGCUGCUGGUGGUGCAGGUGCUGCUGCGCCGGCCGCUGCAACGCAAUCCCCGCGUCCAGCUGUGACCAAGAUUGGCUCGUUCUCAACCAUCAACUCUGGAGCGACGACCACCGCUGCCACUGCCACAGCCACCGCCACUGCCACCACUCCAAAGCAAGCUCCGAAUGCGACUGCUGCGACUGCUGCGAGUACACCCACGGCAGCCGCGGCCGACGCAGCCAAGUCGAGCGAUCCUCCAUCGAAUGCAGCCACAGUGUCAUUGGAUGCCGCUGCUGCUCCAACCACCCCAGGCAAAGCCAAGUGGCAACCCAAGCCGGUCGCUGCCGCAUCAUCGCCUGCAACUGCUACUGCUGCUACUACAACGACGACUGCGACGACUUCUGGGUCUACUGCUGCCGGUGCUGGUGCAGCAAAGCCGACAACGGACGCCAAGCAAGACGUCAAACCCGUCGCUGCGUCGGAUGCAAAGCCUGCCGACGCUGCACCGAGCGCCGUCAAGUCCGACGUCAAGGCACAGUGGCAAAACCGCUCUGCGUCUCCCGCCGCGACCGCCAAACCGCCGUCGCCUGCAGCAGCGACUCCCAAAACGGAAUCUGCUGGAGCCGAUGCGACCCCAGCUGCUGAUUCCGCAGCUGCAGCUCAACAGACUGCUGAUGCUGCUCCGAAGAGCAAUGUCAAGGCUCAGUGGCAAGCAAAGUCGUCCACCCCAGCGUCGCCAGCACCUGCUGCUGCGCCAACGCCCGAUGCCACCUCCGGCAAAGCUGCUGCUGCUGCUGCUGCCACCGACAGCUCGGCAACGGCUGCUCCAAAAGCCGGCGUAAAGGGUCGAUGGCAACCAGCCGGAGCGCCUGCUGCUGCUGCUACGACGGCUGCGGCCGCUGCCAGUGCUGCAACCGCCGCGCCGACACCCUCAUCCCCUUCUCCGCCGCCAACAACAACCGCUGCCUCGGCCUCGCCAGCCGCAGCCAUUGCAUCGACAAUGAAUGCUGCCGCACGAGGCUCUUCCGGUCUUGCCAGCGGCGUGGCCGGCUCGUCGAGCUUUGAAAGCAACAUUGCCAAGCUGAAGGGCGCCAAGCGCAUCAUCAAGGUUCAAAUUGUCAACGAUGCCUUCUCAGACACUGCCUCUGUUGCACCCACUGCCGGCAAGGACUGGCGCGAGGACCUUGGCAAGCUCCCAGCGCUGGCUGACGAAGAACAAGCCUGUUACUUUUUCGUCAAGGAGGAGGUUGGCAAAUGGUUGCUUGUUACCUGGAUUCCCGAGGCCAAAGUCAAAGUCAAGGAGCGCAUGCUGUACGCUUCGUCUGCAGAUGGCGUCAAGAAGGCGUUUGGUUUUGAUUCCGUCUUUGAAGAGAUGCAUGCUACCUCGAAAGAGGACCUUUCGUUGAAGCACUACCAGGAUAUGCGCAAGGCCGAACGCGACGACCUGCUCAGUCCUGCAGAGAAGGCUCAGAAGGAAGCGCACGCGAUGGAAGAAGUUGCGAGAAAGGAAAUGGCUGCAAGCCAGGGCGCCGGCAGCCGACAGCUGUCACUCGCGGAUCUGAUGAAAUCAAGCGACACUCGCAUCGAAACGCCAUCGAAUGCCAAGGGCAUCGGUGGUUACCAUGCUGUUCAAGUGCCAUUCAGUGAUCCCGCCCGCGAAAGGCUGGAAUUGCUCGUGGCUGGCGAUGAAAACGUCAACUGGCUUGUUUUGGCUUUGUCGAGCGACCAAAAAUCCAUCGUGCUUGAAAGCUUUGCCGGCGUUCCAGCCAGCGGCUUGUCGGCGCUUGUAGUCAAGGACGAGCCUCGCUUUUACAUUUACCGCCUGAAAUCAGGCGGCGAUAUUGCAUUCCUGUACGUCUGCCCUUCGUCUUCUCAACCACGCCAACGCAUGGUCUAUUCCACAAGCAAAGCUUCCGUCACCCAGACGCUCAAUCAAGUCGGCAUCGAGCCUAAGAAGAUCGAAUCCUCGGAUCCGAGCGAAAUUUCAGACCAGUUUAUCCGUGAUGAAAUUGAAUUGGCUGCUCGCGCUGUUUCGACAAGCCACGCCCGCACCAGCUCUCCCGCCGCCCCGGAUACCAUCAAAGCGCAGCACCCCGUUUAUGGCCUAAUGGGCGCGUCUGCUGGAGGAACGACAACUAAAAAGAAAAUCGUGAUGCCCCCAGCACAUGCAUAUGGCUAAGGGCUCGCUGUGUUUGUGUGUGUGUGUGUGCAUAUGUCACUGAUUCUCUGAAAUUGUGUCGAUAUCCUCGCAUUUGUUCGUUUGUGUUUGUGUUGAUCGCUGUUGAGCUAUUCAGUGG